GCGUGCAGAAGAAAUUACUAUUCCCGCAGAUGUCACUCCAGAGAAGGUUCCCACACACAUAGUAGACUAUUCAGAAGCAGAACAGACAGAGGAACAACUUCAUAAUGAAAUUUCAAAGACAUUCAGGGUAGCCACGGAAAGGGUUGACCCACUCAAGGAAAAAGGAGGGAAUCUAUGUGGAAGCAGAAGAGGCUAAUGUAAUCUGUAUAGUGUAUGCUGUAAAUAGCAAAAAUUCCAUUGACAAGGUAACAAGUCGAUGGAUUCCUCUAAUAAAUGACAGGACUGAUAAGGAUAGCAGAAUGCCCCUCAUACUGGUGGGAAAUAAAUCUGAUCUUGUAGAACAUAGUAGCAUGGAAGCUAUUCUUCCCAUAAUGAACCAGUACACUGAAAUAGAGACUUGUGUUGAGUGUUCAGCAAAGAACCUGAAGAACAUCUCUGAGCUAUUUUACUACGCACAGAAAGCUGUUCUGCACCCAACAGGUCCACUGUAUUGCCCAGAAGAGAAAGAGAUGAAGCCUGCCUGUAUCAAAGCCUUAACUCGUAUUUUUAAAAUAUCAGACCAGGAUAACGAUGGGAUUCUCAAUGAUGCAGAACUCAAUUUUUUCCAGAGAACCUGUUUUAACACCCCAUUGGCACCUCAAGCUCUGGAAGAUGUGAAGAAUGUAGUACGGAAGAACAUGAGUGAUGGUGUCGCCGAUAAUGGGCUAACGUUGAAAGGUUUUUUAUUUUUGCAUACAUUAUUUAUACAAAGAGGGAGACAUGAAACUACAUGGACAGUUUUACGUCGGUUUGGAUAUGAUGAUGACCUGGAGCUCACACAUGAAUAUCUGUUCCCGAUGUUAAAAAUUCCUCCAGACUGUACAACUGAACUGAACCAUCAUGCAUACUUAUUCUUACAAAGUAUUUUUGAUAAACACGAUUUGGAUCGGGAUUGUGCAUUGUCACCUGAUGAACUAAAAGACUUAUUCAAAGUAUUUCCUUACAUACCUUGGGGUCCUGAUGUCAACAACACUGUUUGUACCAAUGACAAGGGAUGGGUCACUUAUCAGGGUUAUAUUUGUCAAUGGACGCUGACCACGUACCUUGAUGUUCAGCGGUGUUUAGAAUAUUUAGGUUACCUAGGAUACUCCAUUCUAAGGGAACAGGAGUCUCAGGCAGCUGCUGUCACUGUAACAAGAGAUAAAAAACUAGAUCUGCAGAAAAAACAAACACAAAGGAAUGUGUUUCAGUGUAAUCUUAUUGGCAUGAAAAACUGUGGCAAAACUGGAAUUCUCCAAGGCUUCCUCGGCCGAAACUUAGCGAAACAAAGAGAGAUAAAAGAGGAACACAAGUCGCUUUACGCCAUAAACACAACCUAUGUGUAUGGGCAAGAAAAAUAUUUACUGCUACAUGAAGUUUUGUCUGACUCUGAAUUUAUUACUGCCUCUGAUACCAUUUGUGAUGUUGUUUGCUUGGUAUACGAUGUCAGCAAUCCCAAAUCAUUUGAUUAUUGUACAAGGAUCUUCAAGCAACAUUUCAUUGAUAGCAAAACACCAUGUAUUGUUGUAGCUGCAAAGUCUGACCUGCAUGAAGCUAAACAGGAUCACAGCAUUUCUCCCAUUGACUUCUGCAACAAACACAAAAUGCCACCGCCUCAAAGUUAUACUUGCAACAGUGUUGGCACACCAAGCAAAGACUUCUUUGUCAAAGUGACUACCAUAGCCAUGUAUCCCCAUGCCCGGUUACGCUGUUUAUGCACCUGCAACAGGUGUACAUUUUGCAUCUGUCAGAACUUCCUCAACUCAGACUUGCUGCAAUCUGUAAAGACCAAAUUCUUCACUGCAGUUCUUAACAGGUUAAAAGACCGAGUAGACGAGGUGGGUGCUAUGCUGUUGGCGAAUGAUGAAGGCAGUCUCGUUCAUCAAGUACACGCCGUGAGCUUUGUUGAAGAUUCUAUCUUCAUGGAGUCUUCUGGUGCUCGCAGUUUACAGAAUGAAGACAGACACAUAGCACAGGCUGACCUGAAGACCUCCACCUUCUGGCUUCGAGCAAGUCUUGGAGCUACAGUGUUUGCUGUCCUAGGAUUUGCUGUGUACAAAGCAUUACUGAAGCAACGGUGAUCAGAAUGGGUGUAUCAUUCGUUCAUAAUUUGUUUUAUACACAGUUUCAAGAGGCUGCAAUCAAUAUUGUGUUUUUAUUUUAAUAUGCAAACAUAUUUCUUCAACGGGUAGCGUGCAAGAGAACAAAGAUCUUUAAAGGUCAAGCUGGUUAGUAGCCCCUAUGUCAUCUGAAAGGACAAUGCAGAUCUGUAAUGACUCUAAUGCAAUUCCAGAACUUGUUUCUGUCUGCCAUAGGUACCGGUAGUGUUAUCUGUAGAAGUUCUGUAAAGCGAGAAGCUGCCAACGUCAGAUACCCAAAAGGGACAUAAUUAUGUAAAUAGUGUAAAUAUUUGCACAAUCAGCAGAAUGACAUUGUUGCCCUGGGAUGCCUGAUACAGUUAUGAAACCUACUGUAGGUUUAUCGUGCAACAAGUUACCUGUUGGAAUGAUUGUUUCAUGUGGAUGUUUAGAAGUUUAUCCUCCGGUCAGACUUGCCUGGUAUUUAAAACAUUUGUAGGUGUUUAUUUAUUGUUUAAGUAAUAUUUUAAUCUUGAAAGAAGCAAAUCUACACAAACUGAAGUCACCAAGAGAUUUAUUUCUCAGGGUAUUGGAGUACACAGAAUAGCAAUCUUUUUUAAUCUCACAGUAUAAAAUUUCUAUAUGUAUCCAUAAACUAAUUGUGUAUCAGAAAACAUGGACAAUUUAUUAUUUGUCUCUUCCUUUCCACUACAGUCUUCUCCCAGCCCCCUGUAUAUUAUUUGUUUUUUCCAAGCCAGGCAAGAAGACAAAGGUUGUUUUAUUGCAGCCUUUGAAGGAUGCAAAUCUUCCAAAUCCCCGUGAUCUUUGCACUCAAAAGGAAAUAGAAUAAGAGACUUCUUUGUCCUAUACUCUGAACUAUGUUGCAAUGCAAAACAGUACAGUUUUGCUUUGUUAGUAUGUAGUAGUUGCAUGGUUCACAGUACAGUUAACUCUAAAAUAUUACAUCAAGCAUCCUUGCAAUUUUCUGUUACAAUGAAUUUACAUUUUUCCUGCAUUUUGAACCAAUAACUGUUGCAUCACAUUGUUUUUCAUCCUAACUUUUUCAAACAGUUUCAAUAAAUAUCUACAUGCUAUAUCA